GUCCCAUUUGGCCAAAUCAUCAUGGUCCGCCCUCACUUCCUCGUCAUAACAUAUCCUGCCCAAGGCCAUAUCAAUCCUGGCCUGCAAUUCGCCAAGCGCCUCAUUCGCUUGGGGGCGCAUGUUACAUUCGUCACAAGCGUUGCCGCCCGCCGUCGCAUGACCAAAAGCGUUGCUCUCGAUGGCUUGUCCUUCUCCACCUUCUCUGAUGGCUACGAUGACGGGUUUAAACCUGGUGAUGAUGUCAACCACCAGCGUUCUGAGAUCAAGCGCUGUACCUCCCAAAUUCUCACUGAUCUUAUCGUGUCCCGUGCAAACGAGGGUGACCCAUUUACGGCCUUAAUCUACACGAUGCUCCUCCCUUGGGUGGCCGGAGUUGCGAGUGGACUUCACCUCCCAUCAGCGGUUCUUUGGAUUCAACCUGCAACGGUUUUGGACAUAUACUACUACCACUUCAAUGGUUAUGGUGAUGUCAUCAGGAACAGCAGCAAUGACCCUUCGUGUUCAAUAGAAUUACCAGGAAUGCCAUUGCUCGCUAGCCGUGACAUGCCCUCCUUUUUGCUUGCUUCAAAUACGUAUACUUUUAUACUUCCAUCAUUUCAAGAGCAACUUGGAGCACUUGAAAAAGAAAGCAACCCGAGAAUUCUAGUGAAUACCUUUGAUGCACUAGAGCCCGAUGCCUUAAGAGCGAUCAAAAAGUUUAAUUUGAUUGGAAUUGGGCCGCUAAUUCCAUCUGCUUUUUUGGAUGGAAAAGAUCCAUCCGAUACUUGUUUUGGAGGAGAUAUUUUCCAAAGCUCCAAGGAUCACUACAUCGAAUGGCUCAACUCUAAGCCCAAAUCAUCUGUUAUUUACGUGUCAUUCGGGAGUUUAUUGGUGUUAGCCAAGCAACAAAUUGAGGAAAUAGCACGCGGAUUGUUGGAUUGCGGCCGCCCCUUCUUGUGGGUCAUAAGAGCCAAGGAAAACGGAGAAGAAGAGAAGGAAGAUGAGAAAGUGAGUUGUAGAGAGGAAUUGGAUGAAAAGGGAAUGAUAGUGACAUGGUGCUCCCAGGUGGAGGUUUUGUCACAUCCUUCAUUAGGCUGCUUUGUGACACAUUGUGGAUGGAAUUCAACUUUGGAGAGUUUGGUUUCUGGGGUGCCUGUAGUGGCAUAUCCCCAGUGGUCGGAUCAAGGGACAAACGCAAAGCUAAUCCAGGAUGUGUGGAAGACAGGAGUGCAAGUGACUGCAAAUGAGGAUGGGAUUGUUGAAAGUGAUGAGAUCAAGAGGUGCUUGGAAUUGGUUAUUGGAGGUGGAGAGGAAGGGGGAGAAAUGAGAAGGAAUGCUAAGAAAUGGAGGGAUUUGGCUAGGAAGGCCACCAAGGAAGGUGGCUCAUCGUAUGAGAAUCUUAAAUCCUUCGUGGAUGAGAUUGGAGAAAGAUGUUGUUAGAACAGUCGCGUAUGUUUGGUGAUGAAAAUAUUUGAUUAAUUAGGCUGCUUGUUGAAUAAUGCUUCUUAUACUAGCCGCCUUGCUUGACUGAUUUUCAAAGUGGUCAUCCUUGUCAUUUUUCAUUUUGAGGCAUUCACAAACAGUGAUAUGUAGACCUAGAAUUUUCACCAUCAUAUGCUUUUCUUUUUUGGUUCUUUUUUUUUUUUUUUUCUUUUUUUUGGGGUGGGGGUUAAAAGAGUUUUCAAAAUUAGCUUUUUGUUUGGAGUGGUCCACCAAACAGCUAAAAUUUGUAUCCUAAACUCUAAUUAGUUUAUGAGAUGCUUUGACUUAAA